CGUCUCGUGAGAAGUGGGAGUUCUCGCGGGAACUUCAUUCAAAAAGCCCUGGCGCUUACCCGAGCGCUAGUAGAGUGAAUGGCCGGCGUCUUUCUUGCAAAGGUAGGGUUGGAAUCAAGAAUCGGGAGGCCUAAGCUCGCCUCCCGAGCCGCGUGCGGCCGCAGCCAGGGGAAAAGAGUGAGGAGAGAGUAGGCUAAAAACAGGAAAAGAACAUGGAGGCAGAUGUAAUUGCCGAUCUUCGAAGCAAACUCAAAGAGGUUGAAAGUGAACGACUGAAAGCCGCACAGUAUGGUUUACAACUACUGGAGAGCCAAAGUGAACUGCAGAAUCAGUUGGAGAAAUGUCGAAAUGAAAUGAUGACCAUGACUGAGAGUUAUGAACAAGAAAAAUACACUCUUCAGCGAGAAGUUGAGCUCAAGAGUCGAAUGUUAGAAAGUCUGAGUUGUGAAUGUGAAGCUAUUAAACAGCAACAAAAAAUGCAGCUGGAGCAAUUAGAAGAACAGCUAAGCAGAAGCCAUGGACAGGAAGUGAACGAACUAAAGGAUAAGUUAGAAAAACUGAAAGCAGAAUUAGAUGAAGCAAGGCUUAGUGAAAAGCAGCUGAAACACAAAGUAGAUCAUCAGAAGGAACUCCUGUCCUGUAAGUCAGAGGAGAUACGGGUCAUGUCUGAGCGUGUGCAUGAGAGCAUGUCUUCCGAGAUGCUGGCUCUUCAGAUUGAGCUGACGGAAAUGGAAAGUGUGAAGACCACCCUCAAAGAAGAAGUGAAUGAACUACAAUACAGAGAGGAACAACUGGAGCGCCUUACUGCUAAUUUAAUGCGCCAGGUGGACCGGCUUAAAGAAGAAAAAGAGGAGCGAGAAAAGGAAGCUGUUUCUUACUAUAACGCCUUAGAGAAAGCUCGUGUAGCCAAUCAAGACCUUCAGGUGCAGUUGAACCAGGCGCUUCAGCAAGCCUUGGAUCCCAAUAGUAAAGGCAACUCUCUGUUUGCAGAGGUGGAAGAUCGAAGGGCAGCCAUGGAACGUCAGUUUAUCAGCAUGAAAGUCAAGUACCAGUCACUAAAGAAGCAGAAUGCCUUUAAUAGGGAACAGAUGCAAAGAAUGAAGUUACAAAUCGCUACACUGCUACAGAUGAAAGGAUCUCAAACUGAAUUUGAGCAGCAAGAACGGUUGUUUGCCAUGUUGGAGCAGAAGAAUGGUGAAAUAAAACAUCUUUUAGGUGAAAUUAGAAAUCUGGAGAAAUUUAAGAAUUUAUAUGAAAGUAUGGAAUCUAAGCCUCCAGUCAACUCUGGUGUUGUGGAAGAUGAUACCUAUUAUACAGAGUUACUUCAGCUGAAGCUUGAUAACUUAAACAAAGAAAAUGAAAGUACCAAAGGUGAAUUGUCCAUACAGCGAAUGAAAGCAUUAUUUGAGAGCCAGCGGGCUCUGGAUAUUGAGCGAAAACUUUUUGCAAAUGAAAGAUGCCUCCAGCUUUCAGAAAGUGAAAAUAUGAAGCUUAGAGCUAAAGUUGAUGAAUUAAAACUGAAAUAUGAACCUGAAGAGAAAAUUGAAGUGCCUGUACUCAAGAAGCGACGUGAAGUGCUGCCUGUGGAUAUAACUGCCACUAAAGAUGUCUGUGCCAGCAGUGCUGUUGGGGAAGAAUCCUGUGGAUUACCACCUCAGAAAGAGGAGACUCAGUGCUGGCCUAGCAAUUUAGAAGAUAACAACUUGAAGUUAGAAAAGCCAGUUUAUACAAACCCGCCAGUAGUCAGUCUUUCUCCUCACAAAAAUCUACCCAUGGAGAUGCAGCCAAAGAAGGAAAAGAAGUGUGUGAAACUCGUAGGAAUUCCAGCUGACCCUGAAGCCUCCGAUGAAAGAAGUGGGAACAACCCUGGUUCUCCCAGGUCAGUAUCCUCUUUCCUUCAAGGCCACCAGCAGACCUGUCCAUCCCUCCUCUCCCGCUGCAUGAACUACACUGUCUGUUUCUUUAUCUGUUUCCUUAGUAUUGCGUGUAGUGUUAUUACACAGUUUCAUCUGCCUGCCUUCAGCUUUUCCAGAUUUUUAAGAAAGACUAAAAUGAUUGCAAGGGCUAAAGACUCCUGAAUAAGCGAAUUGUUUUAAAUAGUUAUACUUUUCUGUUUCAUAAAACAGAAAUAAUCAGUCUUACCACAUCUCUGGAUGUCGUCAAUUUGAGUAAAUGUACUGUUAUUUUUCUCCUGGUUCAAGAGUAGCCAUGAAAGGAAAAUUGACUUUCCUUCUCAUAGGGCUUUCUAGUAUAAAAAAGUUCAACCUUCUAGAAAACUUAGGUGCAAUUGUUUAUGGCUUGUGAAGUUGUUUAUCCUGAACCUUCGAGAAUGGGUUUUGAUGCCUGUUUUGACAUUUUUAAAUAUCAAAGCUAACUAAUUUUCAUGUUUUCCUAAAACUUCAAAGCCUCCAGUUUCAGCAUAAUUGAAUUUACAACUAAAAGAGGAAGUGGCAGAUGUGUGUCUGAAGGAAUUUAUGUACCUAGGGCCUUGUCCUUUAAAAAAAAAUGAUAAUAAUAGAGGUCAGAAGGUAAGAGGAGGUGAGUGGAGGGAAAGGUAGGUAACAGUGGCUGUGGCUGGAGUUCUGGAUGUGCGUAGCAGGACAAGAAUGGAGUGAAAACAGAAGUGGAUGAGGACGAUGGAGAAGGUAACAAAAAGAUGAAGUGUAUCUGCAUGCAAUGCAUUGAUAGAUACAUCUAAAAUAAGUAUCCGUGGGUGUUUAAAAUGUAAGCAUGUUGAUGGGACAAUGGCUAGCGUAGCUUAUAUGCUAUGAAAUGAACUGCUAGGUGCUGCUAGGGCUCUGUCUGUCUUUGAAAGAGGGUGUAGACAAUGACAUUUUACUAACUGAUGUGUAUUUGAGUUGAAAUCCUGAGACAUAGCUUCCCCUUAUGCAAAGACUUCCUUGUAUGCUUUUGUCUGGCUUCUCUUCAAGUCUUCACUUCUACCAAAUGUAGUGCUCAACAGUGUAAGUAUUUCAGCAACCUUAGCUGCUGUUAUAGGAAGAAUAGUUUGUUCCUUCAUUUCUUGAGCUUGUAUGUAAUGUCGUAACCUGAAAGUCAGGCCAAAUAAAAGCUUGAUAUCUAAAGGAAUAAGUAGCUUCCAGUAGAUGAUAUCUGAUGCCUACACAUGUUCCGCAUGGUUGUGAAAUGUGAUUUGCUGGUUAAGUGUGCUUGACCACUGUCUGUUUCUGGAGGGGGAUUUCCAGAAUUGAGCCAUGCACACCUUGCUAUCUGUGUUGUCUUCAUUUCUUUCUUUGCUGUGUUUUCUUUUUGGCUUGGUAAAAAUUACUUGUGCAAAUAUAUGUAGCUAACUGCUCGCCCAAAUAGCAAGUUGGAAAUUUUUUAUCUGCUAGUUAAACAAAAACAAAUAAAAUACCACAAAACAUU